CGUUUUCCAACAUCAAACACCAGGUGGUGGGGGUUAAAUGAGUGACUCAUCAAACUCAGGCAAGCUGACUCUGUCCCCUCUCACUCUUUGCAAACUGUCACUGAUUCUCCUUUUCACAAUCACACCUAUACUUCUACUUCUUUGCUGCGCGUAAGCCAUGCACUUGUCCACUCACCAGCAUCAUCUGCAUGUACAUUUUCUUUUCUUUAUUCUCUCUCUCCCUCUCUCUUUAUUCUCUCUUUUGCUUCAAUAUUGAAAGAAAGACAUGAAGAACAAAGUCGAAGACAGAUUCUCUGAGUUCUUAGAGAAGUGGAUGCGUUUACUAGACGGGUAUCUUCUACAAUUGAGAAAGGUGGUAUCAUCAAAGGAUAGACUUAAUAAACAUGGUACUUAUUGUGAUGAAAAGCUACAAGCUAUAGUCUCAAAAGUUGCACAACAUUACAAAGAAUACUAUAUCAUUAAAUGGGCUUUAGCCCAUGAAGAUGUUCUUGCUUUCUUUUCUCCUACUUGGAUAUCUCCUCUAGAGACUGCUUCUUCUUGGAUUACUGAUUGGAAACCUUCUGUUGUUUUUAAACUGGUUGAUUCAUUAAGAACAAACCAUCGCGUUCCUGGUCCGAGUAGCACCCUAGCUGAAUUGACACAAGAACAGGUGAGAAAGAUUGAGGAGUUGAAGCUGAAAAUAAGGUUAGAGGAACAGAAAGUGGAGAGGGAAAUGGAGAGGCAACAGGUAGCGAUAGCAGAUAGGAAGAUGGUGGAAUUGGCAAGGUGGGUUUAUAGAGUCAAGAACGAUGGAAAAGUGAGUCAAGUGGAGGGACUGGUGCAAGCGGCAUUGAAUGGAGCAUUGGCAGGAUUAGAGAAGGUUAUGAAAGCUGCAGACUGUGUCAGGCUUAGGGCUUUGAAAGGAAUUUUGGAUGUUUUGAGUCCAUUUCAGUGUGUGGAGUUCUUGGCUGCUACUGCUAUGCUUCAUAUUCAGCUAAGACAAUGGGGAAAGAGAAGGCAUAAUAUUACCAAUAAUUGCUAGUUGCUAGGGUUUUUGGCUUUAUUUGCUGUACUUUUUAGGCUUUAAAGAAUCGGUUUAAUCAGCUAGGGAGUGUUUCUUUUUUGAUUUUCGACUUUGUUUUCCUCCAAUUGAGGAGGUUUUUAAUUUCUUGUUAUUAAUUUUCCCGUCCCUUUUUUCCUUUUCUGUGAUCUGGAAGUUUUACUAUUAUACAUUAAUUAAGGAUAGUUUUUUGUGGAUUA